AUGAAGCUCGUUCUCCUGAUUGUUGCCAUAUUUGUGGCAACGGAACUGGUAAUGUCAGGCAAAAAUCCUAUCCUUCAGUGCAUGGGUAACAGAGGAUUCUGUAGGUCUACCUGCAAAAAGGGUGAACAGUCCUACUUCUACUGCAGAACGUAUCAGAUAUGCUGCCUCCAGUCCUACGUGAGGAUCAGCCUCACAGGCACAGAUGACAACACGAACUGGUCUUAUGAGAAACACUGGCCAAGACUGCCGUGA